AUGACUUUGGCCGCUCGCCUCUGCCGGGGCCAUGUCUUUCGGAGGCCGGUGGUGCUGCGUCAAGUGACCCGCGGCAUGGCCCUCCACUGGCGACAUGGAGGCACACCCUCAGGUGUGGGCAUCGGCGGCAAUCGCUCACCCCACGAUCUCUUGUCCGAGCUCGGCAGCAUAUUUGCAAAGGAAGGCAUUACGACCUUGUCGUCUCUGUCGGCUUCUUGGUUUGCAAGGGCUGACCAGAACGUCUCGAAGGGCUUGGACCCGGAGGAGUUUCGGGAGACGAUGGCCUCUGUGGGUUUGAAGCUAAGCGAUCCAGAGAGCGAGUCUCUCUUCGCGCACUUCGACACCGACAAGUCUGGCAUUAUCACAUAUGGAGAAUUUGCCAAAGGGCUGCAAGGAGAGAUGCCUGCAUUCUCGGCUUCUCUGGCCUUCAUGCAUCAGCACACAGGGCAUUUUCCGUCAAACCAGGAGAGACUUCGGGCAGCGAGGCCUAAGUUUGAUGAGACGGAAACUCACGAGUGGCUGGAGUCGCUUGAUGCAGUUGUCCAGAACCUGGGAACGACAAGGGCUCGCUUCCUUAUGCAUGAGCUUAUGGAAGAAGCCUCACGCCUGGGGGUGCACAUCUCGCAACCCGUAGUCACUCCCAUGGUGAACUCCAUUCCCACCUCUGCCGAACCGGCGUAUCCAGGUGAUAGGGCCAUGGAGGACCGCCUCUCCAACAUCAUCCGUUGGAACGCAGCAGUCAUGGUCAGCGAUGCAAACAGGCGAGGCGGCGGAGUUGGAGGUCACAUUGGCACUUUUGCAUCCAUCUGUGAUGUUAUCGAGGUCGGAAUGAAUCAUUUCUUCCGAGGGAAGGACUACGGUAAUGGACGAGGGGACAGUGUGUGGAUGCAAGGGCACGCUGCACCCGGAGCCUACUCGAGAGCCUUUGUCGAGGGUCGGCUCUCGAUUGACCAGGUUAUGAACUUCCGACGGGAGGUCGCCGGCAAUGGCGUUUCAAGCUAUCCGCACCCUCGUUUGAUGCCACAUUUCUGGGAGAAUCCUACAGUGUCCAUGGGGCUGGGACCUUUGGGCGCUGUUUAUCAGGCACGCUUCUUUCGGUAUCUUCACUUGAGAGGCCUGGCAGACACCUCCAAGAGCCGCGUCUGGGCCUUCGUGGGUGAUGGAGAGAUGGACGAGCCGGAGUCCAUCACGGCUAUCUCGGUGGCAGGCAGAGAGCGCCUGAACAACAUGAUAUUCAUCGUGAACUGCAACUACCAGCGCUUGGACGGUCCGGUCCGCGGCAAUUCCAAGGUCAUGCAGGAGUACGAGGGAACUUUCCGAGGAGCUGGCUUCGAUGUCAUCAAGCUGAUUUGGGGUGGAAAGUUCAACGAACUCAUUGAGCAAGACCACGAUGGCAAGCUCAUUGAGGCACUAGAAUCCACAGUGGAUGGCGACUGCCAGCGCCUCCAUGCGAAGGCUGAUGGUGCGCUGAUCCGCAAGGAUAUCUUCGAGAAGCACGGGCUGCUGGACCGUGUCGCGCACUGGAGCGAUGCGGAGCUGCUGGAGGCCUUCCAGGUCCCUGGUGGCCACGACCACUCCAAGAUCUACGCAGCCUUUGCCCAGGCAGAACAGAACUCGGAGAUGGGAGGCCGACCCACAGUGAUUCUCGUCAAGACCCUCAAGGGCUACAGUCUGCAGACCUUCCUGGGAAGAAACACGGUUCAUCAGAAGAAGAUGAUGUCAGACUCCGACAUGAAAGCCUAUCGUGAUGCCAUGGGCAUUCCUCUGUCAGAUGAGCAGCUGGGUAAAGCAGAUGCAGAAAACUUUGUUACGCUCAAGGAGGAUGCUCCGGAGGUCAAGUACCUGAAGGAGCGUCGGCAGGCUCUGGGAGGCUACCUUCCCCUGCGAGCACCGGCGAAA